CGUCACCCUAGUAAUAGCGAAACCGAAAGUAGCCAAACAGCCUGUUGCCGGUCGAUUUUGCGAUCGUUAUCAGAUCUUUCGACACCUUCUAAACGUCAACAGCCUGUACUGUUUGCGAGGAAUCCAAAGAUGACUUCAGCUACCUCCUUGCUGUUUUUUGCGAUCCAUUUAGCCUAUAUCAGCACUGGAAAUUCCUCUGAGUCAUUUGUCAAACUGGAGUGUAAAACAGAAUACCAUGGGGUUUAUGGUCAGCAGUUAAUUCUAGGGUGCAUUGUCAAAACUGUGGUGGAUGUGGUGGAUGUGACCAUCAUAACGGUGACCUGGAAGAGAAUGGGAGCUGCUGCUAAAGCUGAUGCUAAUUUGUUGGAAUACCAUAAAGAGAAAAGGGAGCUAACCCCUGGGUUUAAAUUUGCUGAGCCAUCCUGGAACAAGACGAAUAUGAAUGUGUCCUUGUUGUUGACAAAUACCAAGAUGGCCGACAAGGGGGAGUAUGAAUGCAUGGUGACCACAGAUGUUGGGAUUGCCACAGCUACAAUCAGCCUCAGUGUCACAGCUAAGUACAAGACUCCAACCAUGAGCUCCCUCCCUGAGACCAACAUCAAAGAGAACACAGAUGUGACCAUUUUCUGCAACUCUACAGGCGGGCACCAGACAGGGUUGAUCUGGUGGUUUGACGAGUUCGGCAGCAAUUGGACGCGCAGUGCUGAACUGGUGGCCAAAGAGAUGGACAAUGGACUGUUCAGCCUCUCCAGUAAAUUCACAGUGCUGAAGGCCACAUCCAGUUACACAAACUACACGUGCAAAGUGCUCAAUGUCAAUGGUGCCGAGGAGGGGGUGGCAUCAUUUGGGAUCCAGUUUGCGUCGCGAGACUUAGGUAUUAAAAGUGACCACUUGGAUAUUGUCUCCACCACCAAAUGGCUAGCCCCGGUUGCAGUCAUAGGCUCUCUGAUCAUUGGACUCCUUGCUGCACUGCUGUUCUUUAAGAGGCGCUCUGCCCAACGAGCUCGAAGGCAGUCCACCUUCCCAUUAAUGAGUGGCCACCAACCGAUACCAGGCAUGAUCAAUAUGUUGAGGCAGGAGGUCUAAACAGCGACAGGAGAUGAUUAGUUAACUGGCAGUCUCUGGAAGGGGCUGUUUCCUUGACGAUCAAUAAGGAGCUUGUCACCUUCACUGUCCUUUGAUGGACUGUUUCCUGUUAAGUGUUCGGUGGCAGUCACUUUGGCACUCAGGUCAUUCUGAUUUGAGGCAUUUGUUUCUUCAUAAUCUACUGAGGAUGCCAGCCUUUAAGCACUGUGGUUGAUUACAAAUGAUAUAACUCUUUAACAGCCUAUGUUUAAAAGCCUAACAUAAAUGGUUAUAUACAGAGUUGCCAUGGUGUAGGUAAACUGUAGAUUCUACCAGCAUGAUUGUUAAAACUCAGGUCUGCUAAGAGCAAAUUUGAAUACUGUGAAAAUUCUUUGCAACUUCCGGUGCAGGUUUACAGGUUGUUCCUGCUUUAAGUUAGUUUUAACAGUGGUCAAGUAGGGUACUGUGGCUAUUUGAUCAUAAUGUAGGCCUACCAGAGUGGCCUACCAUAAUAAACAAUGGAGAAAAUGCAUCCCAUAACAUUAUAACAUGGAA